CACCGCUACAAAGAAUGGUUCGCGCGCUGCGCCCGCGCAUCUUAUCUCUUCUGUGCAUGUCCAGACCUUCGUGUGUUUAUAUUUAGAUGGAAAUUUCGACCAAUGAAUUGAAUAAUAACAGAAGAUAUAUUUAUUUAUUAUUGUGCGCGAGUGUUAUUGCAAAUUAGUGCUCAUUCAUAAGAAGACUAUAGUAUGAGUGCUCCAAAUGAAAAUAAUGAAAAGGUUCAGAGUGCGAUUUCAGCAAAUAUCUAUCCGGAUUUGCCUCCACCGUACACUCCCAAAACCCCAUCAGAUCCACAGCUUCCACUACCUCCAACAGAGAACAAACAUAAUGAACCAGAUCCAUCGGCAGAAAAGGACAAAGAUAUCAUCAGACCAAUUGACUUUAGACCAAGUUCUAUGAGACUAACAUGCCCCUCUUGUAAAGCUGAAGUAAUGACGCGCACUGAAAAGACUCCCACCUUAAGGACACAUGCGUGUGCCUGUCUACUCUUCUGGCUGGUUUGGUGGCCCUGCAUCUGUCUUCCGUACUGUCUACCUGGGUGUAACGACGUUGACCAUUUCUGCCCAAACUGUGAUUCCUACAUUGGCGGUUUUAAAUGUUAAACGCAUUGAGGGUUAAACGUGAUGCAACUGUUUUUUAUCUUCUCGAUCGAUUCUUUAUUAACUGUGACACAAUAAUUUUUGUCUGUCCGUCUGUUCAGGAUAAUCUUCGGAAUGGCAUAUCCGAUUUUAAUGGGAUUUUGACUUAAAGAAGUUAAGAAACCUUCUUUUCCGUAGUCCCAUUAAAUGUCGCAUUGAUGGGACGAUGGAAAAAAAUAAUUUAACCGUUUACAACCCAUUACAGACCCAUUUACAACGUUACGGAGUUCAACAUGAGUAUAUUAAAUCUUAGAAAUCUACCCAUAAGGGUGUGAAAGUUUGUAUGAAACUUCGUCAUUUUUGAAGUGAGACAAAACAUUUAUGACUUGCAUUUAUCUUUAUAUAAUCAAAUUAAUAAUAGCAAUUGCUUUGGAUUUUGAGAAUUGUUUUAACUGUAACUUUAUUAUGUAUGAAUUUCUAUCUAUUCCAAACCGUUUCGUAAACAAAUAGGAAUUUGUUUGUAAACACGUAAAAUUUACCCUAAAAUAAUGAGUACACUUUUUUACGUUAUAGGUUAGGUGUAAAAAGAGAUAAUAAAAUAAACCAGAUUUUGGAUC